CACGUCAGCUCCAACCGCCUCCUCCCGUCCACGACGUCGCUGCGAGUCAUAUCCACCAACGACGCGAGCGGGAAGAGCUCGUCGUGGUUCUUCUGCAGCAAAGACAGCCGGUUCUUAGUCAAGACGUGCACGCCGGCGGAGAUGAACGUUUUGCUGAAAAUUCUGCCGCGGUACACGAAACACGCGAGCGAACACCGCGCGUCGUCGUUGCUUCCGCAGUACUACGGCCUCUACACGAUUGAAGUUGGGCGGCGAAGCAAGGCACACUUCAUCAUCAUGAACUACUGGUUCGCGACGAUGCACGAGAUCGGGACGCGGUACGAU